AUGAAGGUAUUAUGUGUGGCUGAAAAACCGUCUUUGGCUAAAUCAAUUUCGCAAAUCUUGUCUAAUGGAGCUACUCGCACGCGUCCCACAAAAAAUAAAUAUAUCCAAAACUACGACUUUUCUUGCACAUUUAGUGAUAACAGAACAGUUCAAGUCACUAUGACAUCUGUUUUGGGUCAUUUAAUGGGUUAUGACUUUCCGCCUGAAUAUCAAAAUUGGUCUCAAGUCCCCCCUUUGGCAUUGUUUGAUGCGCCCACUGUGAAACAUGUAAUACGAGGAAUUGAAGCCGUUCGUGAUAAUAUUGCAAAAGAAGCGCGCAAUGCUGAACAAAUAAUGAUAUGGACUGAUUGUGAUCGCGAGGGUGAAAACAUUGGAUCGGAGAUUGUAGAUGUCUGUCGUGGUGCAAAUUCAAGAAUUAAAGUAUCAAGGGCAAAAUUUUCCGCAAUCAUUUCCCAACAAAUUCGUCGUGCAUGGCAAUCACCCGUGGAUUUGGAUUAUCGUCAAGCAAACGCGGUAGACGCUAGACAAGAAUUAGAUUUACGAAUUGGUGCUGCGUUUAGCCGAUUCCAAACUCUAAACCUACAAAAUUUGUUUUCAGAACUUAACAACAAAAUAAUAAGCUAUGGAUCCUGCCAGUUUCCAACGCUAGGCUUCGUUGUGGAUCAAUAUUUAAAGGUUCAGAAUUUUGUAACAGAAAUUUUCUGGAAAAUAUAUGUAGCAUUAGAACGUGAUGGUAGUAUGGUAGAGUUUCACUGGGUGAGAAAUCAUUUAUUCGAUCGCUUAGCAUGCGUUAUAAUUUAUGAGAAAUGUUUGGAAAAUCCAACGGCAACUGUCGUUGAGGUCAACUCUAAAGAAGUAAAAAAAUGGAAACCGUAUCCGCUAACUACCGUAGAGCUUCAAAAGAUUGGAUCGAGGUACUUACACAUUUCGUCAGAUAGAUUGAUGACUAUCGCCGAACAUUUGUAUGUUAAAGGUUUUAUAAGCUACCCAAGAACAGAAACAGAUCAAUUUGAUAGGCAGUUCGAUUUUCGCUCUUUGAUCGAAAAACAGACUCAAGAUACAAGAUGGGGAGUUUUUGCAACGAGGUUACUUUUGGCUGGUGAAUUUCGUACGCCACGUAAUGGAAGUCAUAAUGAUCAGGCCCAUCCUCCAAUUCAUCCUACUCUUUAUACAUCUGAUUUAACAGGAGACGAACUCAAAGUAUAUGAGUUUGUUGUUAGACGUUUUUUGGCAUGUUGCUCAGACCAUGCUGUAGGACACGAGACGAUCAUAGAAAUCAAGUUGUGGGAAGAAAAAUUUACCGCUAAAG